UCAUGUUCUGAAAACUUUCAUUUAGAUUUUAUGAGAAAAAAAGUAUGGACCACGUAUCUAAAACUUGGUUUGAUUCUUGCAGGAUUAGGCUUGAUAAAUAUACAAGGGCCCGGGUGUGAUAAAACACAUACACGUGCCGGACUAACUAUAGACACAGGCAAAUCUGAUCGGAUUAUUAAAACAGAUUUUUAUGUUAGACCUUUGCCUUACAUCCAUUAUACAAUACACUGUCAAUGGGAUUAAUAG